CUUCAUACAGGGAGGGUUUAUUUUUAAGCAGACAGGAAGCUUUCUGAGGAUCUAAUGAAAAACUCAGCAAUCAUGCAGAGUUGUUGGUUAUAAAGACUCAUUGGUUAACAAGGCAUCUCUUCAUUGUCUCUGUUCGUUUAAUGUCUGCAAAGAGCUUGAUCUGCUUGGGUUUUCUCUGUGCUGUUGUAACCGUAGAUCCUUCUAUCUGUGCUGGACAGCGUCCAGGCGGCGAGCCUCCUCACCCUGCCCUGCCGUGCCCUGCCGCCAGGCCGCCUCAGCUACUGGAUCUUCGUUCAGAGGAACGCCUCUUUGGUGGCUGUGACAGGGGGAAUUAGGCGAGAGAUGCGGGCCCACUUGCCCUGCGUAGGGGCUUAUCUUGGGCUAAGCUGAGGGACUAAUAGCAAAGCCUGCCUUCGUUCCAGUCGGUUUGAGGGCACAGGGAGCCAUCUGUCCAGUCUGUGGAUCACUGAAAAACAAAGGGAGCAAACACUGAACACACACUUGAAACUAAAAGGCCAUUCAUUUCAUAGAUACCAGAACCAAAGAAGAGGAGCAAGAAUUUCUCUCACACAAGAAUAUUUACCUUAAAGAUCUAAAAUACAACAAUGUCCGACAAAGAAGAGGUGGCCUUGGAUAGCAGUCUGAACGUCACACUAACGCUGAGGCUGCUGAUGCAUGGAAAGGAAGUGGGCAGCAUAAUUGGAAAGAAAGGAGAAACGGUAAAGAAGAUGAGGGAGGAGAGUGGCGCUCGCAUCAACAUAUCCGAGGGAUCAUCUCCUGAGAGGAUAGUGACAAUCACGGGACCUACAGAGGGAAUCUUCAGAGCUUUCUCCAUGAUUGCGCAGAAGUUUGAAGAGGAUAUCACUGCAGCGAUGACAAACAGCAACGUGACAAGCAAACCACCUGUGACACUUCGUCUGGUUUUCCCAGGGAGCCAGUGUGGCUCACUCAUUGGUAAAGGAGGCUCCAAGAUCAAAGAGAUCAGGGAGACCACGGGCGCUCAGCUUCAGGUGGCAGGAGACAUGCUGCCGGACUCUACAGAGAGGGCGGUCACAAUCUCCGGCACUCCACAGGCCAUCACUCAGUGUGUGAGGCACAUCUGCUCGGUGAUGCUGGAGUCUCCACCUAAAGGAGCAACUAUUCCUUACCGUCCUAAGGUCCUUCCUGGCGCAGCUCAUGCAGUGUUGGCACCACAGCACUCUGCACAAGCAUUUGCAAUUCCAGGACAGUAUGCAUUUGCGCAUCAAGAUUUGACCAAGCUUCACCAGUUGGCUAUGCAGCAUAUCCCCCUCCCUUCCCUUGGGCAGAGCAACCCUACCUUUCCUGGAUUUGAUGCUUCUGCACCCACGAGUACACAGGAACUGGCAAUACCUAAUGAUUUUAUUGGCUGCAUAAUUGGAAGACAAGGCAGCAAGAUCAAUGAGAUUCGCCAGGUCUCUGGUGCUCACAUCAAAAUUGCCAGCGCCACUGAUGGCUCAGCCAUGCGCCAAGUCACGAUCAGCGGCUCGCUGGCCAGCAUCGGCGUGGCCCAGUACCUCAUCAACGCCAGCUUAGAGAUGGCUAAAUACACCAUGCAGGUUGCAUCCUCCGCGACCCCAGUUGACCUCAACAUGAGCUUCUCUCAGAAUGCCUCCACCGCCUCCACUGCCGCGACCUCCAUGGCUGUCCUGGCGGCCACCACCCCAACCCCCUCCAUUAACGUUCACUCCCCCUCCAUCCAGAGCCCACACUACGCCCUUCCUGUUUCCAGCCUGCUUGGCAUGAAAGGUCUCUCUGUCCUGACCGUCCAUCCAGCGGCAGCUUCCGGCCUAACUCAGGGUUUAACCCCUUACACUGCAAAAAUGCCGACCUCUGGUUCGAAAAAAUCUGAGCGUCAGAAGUUUUCUCCUUAUUGAUGCUGCCUCGUUAAGUCUAUAGGGCCAGUCAGAAAGUUACAUACACUUUUUUGGGUGAGUCUAAAAUAUAAAUAAAUCCCCACUGAAACAUCAGUGGGGAUUUAUUGCAGGCAUAAUUCUGGCUGGAGGUUUCGCCACUCUUUUUUUUUAUAAUGAAUGGUAAAGUUCAUUCAGUUGAGCUGGUUUUCUGGCACAGAUCUAGCUCCACGAAUUUUCCAAGGGCUUGACGUUUUCACACUUUAUCCAUUCCAAAACCAGUUUUGUUGUAUGUUUGUGAUCAUUGUCCUGUUGGAUAACCUAGUUACAUCCAAGUUUUAUUUGUCUAGCUGAAUUGAUAAGUAGUCCCCCCCCCCUUCACUGUGCAAUGCACCAGCACCCACUGGCACCAAAAACAUCCCCAAAGCAUGAUGCUACCACCUUCAUACUUUACAAAUACUACAUUGUUUUUAGCUUUAAAACCUUAACCUUGACUCCUCCAUCGUUGACAUCAUUGUGGCCAAACAGCUCAAUCUUUGCCUCGUCUACUUAUAAACCUUUUCUUCAGAAGGCAUGUGGCUUGUCCAUGUUGUAAAUUUCAGAUUAGCUUGAAAGCAUUUUUUGUUAUGUCUUAUGUUGAUGUCAAACUGGUUUCACUGUUGACAGUGACAGUAGUGUUCUAGCAUCUUCCAGUUUAUGAUAAGCUUGAGACUUGUUGGUUUUUGGAGUGUUACUUAGCAUCCUAACCACAUGGAUCUCAAACUACUGUUUAAGUACCACAGAUGGUACCUGAGGUGCCAUCAGGGUACCAAUGUUUUACAAGUGAAAUUAGCUGUAAUGUAGAACUAAUCAGUCGAAUCAGUCAAGUUGAUUAUGAUUGAAAAAGGAAUCACUUUUGAGAAAAACAGAUACUUCUUAAAAGAGAAGUGCACUGGAGGAUAAUUAUAGUAACCCCUCUUGGCAAAACAGACAACAGGUAAUGAAAAAUAAGUUCUGCAGGGUUUUUAGGCUAUGUUUACCUCUAAAUUCAGAACCUAGGUUUCUAAAUAGCUAUAACCCCAACUUACCCAUGUUCUACUUGUGGGGAAACACAAUAACUCAGUUAGCUGUUAUCAGCAAUGCAAGCAAACAGAAACAUGUCUCUGCAUUUCAUAAAAACAUAAAAAAUCACAUUCAUAAAUAGACAUUGUGCAGUACUGUGUGUGCAGGAGAUUUAAUAAGGUACAAAGUGCCAUGCAAGCAAAUUAUCUGUUAUUUACUGCAGCUACAGCUAGGUUUAAAUCAAAUAGCUGCCAUAUUGGAAUUUAAAGUCAGGGUUAGUGGGAACUUUAUCUUUCCCAUUUGGAAUACCAACUUUAAACGGCCCACCUAUUUAUUUUACCAACCUAGAAUCUUUUAUUUUAAUUUUUAAGGAAACAAUGUUUUCUAUUCUUGUGACAAAAUAAAAAGAAAAUGCCAAACUCCUCUUGUUCUACCGUGUACAAAGUCUUGACAGUAUGGUAGUAGUUGGUAAACUUUGUAUUAGUGAGGUGGUAGUGGUUGAGAACCACUGUCCUAACUAGUUUCUUUUCAUCAGACAUGGUGGUUUGGGUCAAAUAGUUGAAACUUGGUCACAGUUGGGUGUUCCAGCAGGACAAUGAACCCAAACACACAUUCAAACUAGUUUUUGGAAUAAAUAAAACAAGCCAACAUUAAGCUUCUGGAAUGUUCUUCCUAAAACUAAAAACAAUCCUAUUGAGAUCCAUGACUGGAAACCAACCAAGUUAAAUGAACUCUAGCAAAAGUUGGUCAUUGACACUCAACCAGAUACAACCCUAAUUCCAAUGAAGUUGGGAUGUUGUGUAAGAAAUAGAUAAAAACAGAAUACCAUGAUUUGCAAAUCCUGUUCAACUUACAACUGAGUCCAAUACAAAGACAAGAUCUUUAAUGUUCAAACUGAUCAAUUUUUUUUUUUUGUGUAAAUAGUCAGUCACUUUGAAUUUGAUGCUUUCAACAGGUUCCAAAACAGCUGGGACAGGUGCAGCAAAAGACUGGGAAAGUUGAAGCUUGCUCAAAAAACCCCUGUGUUGAUCAUUCCACAGGAGAACGGGUUAAUUGGAAAGCCAAAGCCAUGUAUUAAUGCUGAAAAUUUAUGCCAUUAAUGCUGAAAGGGACAUUCAGGUUUUGGGGAAACAUCUGCUGCCAUCCAAAUGACUUUUCAGGGACGUCCCUGCUUAUGUCAGCAAGACCAUCCCAAGCCACGUUCUGCAGGUGUUCUAACAGCGUAAAAGAGCGCAGGAACUAGACUGGCCUGCCUACAGUCCAGAUCUGUCACCCAUUGAAAAUGUAUGUUGCAUUAUGAAGCCCACACUACCACAACGGAGACAGUUGACUGUUGUUGGACUGUUGAGCACCUGAAGUUGUACAUCAGGCAAUAAUGGGAAAGAAUUCCACCUACAAAGCUUCAACAACUAGUCCUCAGUUCCCAAACGCUUGAGUGCUGUUAGAAGGAAAGGUGAUGUUACACAGUGGAAAACAUGUUCCUGUCUCAGCUCUGUUGCAAUGUGUUGAAGGCAUUCAAUUCAAAAUGAAUCAAUAUUUGCAAAAAACAAUAAAGUUUAUCAGUUUGAACAUCAAAUAUCUUGUCUUUGAUUUUAUUGCAUAUAGGUUGAACGGGACUUGCAAAUCACUGAGUUCUGUUUUUAUUUAUGUUUUACAAAACGUCCAACCUUCAUUGGAAUUGGGGUUGUAUUAUUAGUGGUGUAUGUAUACAUUGGAGCUUGUAUGUAUAAUUUUGAACAAUCAAUAAAUUCAAACACGUGUAGCCAGCUCUAUGUUUUUAAAACUAAGUGUAGACAGCACGGUGGUGCAGUUGAUAGCACUGUUGGGUCUUUCGGCACGGAGCUUGCAUGUUCUCCUUGUGCAUGUGUGGGUUCUUUCUGGGUACUCCGACUUCCUCCCGCAGUCCAAAAACACGACUGUUAAGUUAAUUGGUACCUCUAAAUUGCAUUGCAUUGUAUAUGCAGGUAUGUGUGUUUGUGUGCAUGGUUGUUCGUCCUGCAUGUCUCUGUGUUGCCCUGUGAAGGAUUGGCGACCUGUCAAAACCCAAUGAACACUGGAGACAGGAACCAGAUCCCACACAACCCUGCACGGACACGUAUGGAUGGAUGGAUGGAUACAAAAAGGAAAAAAAGAGUUCAAAUAAAUAAUUAAAAACCUCAAAUUAACAUGAGACUCAUUCUUACCACGAGUGGCUGUAAACGUCUGACCAGCUCUGUCCUCAGUGUAUCUUCCUGAUAAGACUUUAUUAAAAGAUGACAGAUAGUUUAAGAUUAACAUAUAGGCUUGAGAACAGCAUGUUCUGGUGUGAUAGAUAUUUUCAGGUGUUCUAUUUGUUUUCCAUAAACCAGGAGGAUAUUAGACUCACACUGAAAUGACAGUAGUAUUAAAACACUUCUGCUGUAAUUAAAAGAGGUAAAUAAUAACAUCGUGAUGUCAUAUGAACAUGCAUAAUAAUUAAAGUAGAUAACUCAGGCUUUUAUUAGUAUCCCAGGGAAUAUAUAUAUAUAAACAUAUAUGUAUUUAUAUACAUAUACUGUGUAUUAAAUGGCUUCAUGAGCUUUAAAGUAGCACUUACUCCAGAAGAAGGACUUUCCAUAAAGUGUUGUCGUAGUUUUCUAUCUGUGUAACUUUCUUUCAAUUAGAGGUUGCCACCUAGUAUCAGAAGGGUGUGGUGCUUUAAAAGGAUAUAAAAAUGGUUUGCUUUGUGCAGUAGAAGUGAAUGUUUGUAGUAUUUUUAAUGAAGAUUGCCCUCUUGUGUUAUGUGUCCCUCCUUGUUUUGCUGUGGUCUCUCAUCAGAGUUAACAGGCUUGGAGGUACUGGUGUUGCGUUGCAAUGUUGCUGGCUCUGAUGGGAUUAUCUUAAAGCCACAAUUGACUCACAGUUGAAUUCACUCCACCCAAUAAUCCUGUAGAGCAGGACUGGCCUAUUAUGUAUUUACUGGUUCGGUACGGCCUGUUGCUUGUUCUCCAGCAUAAAAGCAAGGAGAAGUCUCAGCAUCUGAAACUGAGCGCUCAUCAGUUAUUUUAAGGAAUGUUUUAUUCAUCUUUCUGAUGUGGGUCUUCACUCAAAAAAUGCAUAUUUGUAAGAUUUGUAAAUAAAAUGACAUGGAAAUAAAUGGAACUUUUUAUGAAUGCA